AUGUUCCGACUUCGGCUUUAUGGCUGGCUGUUAUUUGCUGACCUCGCCUGCGCUGAGAUGCACGUGUCUCAUGCAGAGGUAAUGCCAGGCCCAGAGCUUCCUCCCUGCGACAACUCGGAGAUCAAGGUGGCGGAGGAGUGCCCCAAUGCAACCAGCUUGGGUCUUGACUGGUCAAACUUCUCACAGCAGCUUUUUGCUGCUCGUGCUCAGCUGUUUGGCUUUUCCCUAUCACUUGCUGUUUCAGCCGUGCACAGGCUGCUUUCACAAGCGACCAGCAAGUUUUCAGACGCUUUCUCUUGCACUGCUGCAGUGGUCAGCACCUACUUCACUUUGGCAAGAUUUCUGGUUUUGCAGGGCCGCUUACGGAGGGCGCUUGCCUUCCUUCACCUUGGCUUUAUUUUUGUUCGAGACCGUGGCUUCAGCGAAUGCUCAACUUGGCCCGCAGCUGGUUGGGAUGUCAUGCUGGCCGGCAGGUCGUUAACCGAGAGAGUCCGCCUGCUAGAUGACGAGUCUGUUCUCAAACUGGAGCCUGGCCACCGAGUCGAAGGUCUUCGCAUCGCCGUUGUCACUAUCUGUGCAUAUGCAGCAGAUGCCCCUGUGCGUGUUCUGUGCGAACAAAACCGCCAAAUCUACAAGGCGCUCCACGGUUAUGACCUCCAUUUUUUUACGGACGCCGCGCAGAUUCUGCCGAACAAGGCGGCCCGCAUGAAUGUUCAAGACGGAAUUCACAAACCCUUUUUCUGGAAAGUGAAUGCUGUGAAGAAUAUCCUUGACACGAAUAAGUAUGACUGGGUGCUGUGGAUGGACUGCGAUGCAUUUUUCAUGGAUCCAGGCCGCACCAUCGAUUCCGUGAUACAAAUGUACAGUGGCAACUUAACCUCGGCCUCGCGGCUCCCUCCUCCCAGUUCCGGAGACUCCGUGGAAGUACGCCGGGUUCGGCGCAACAUGAGCCAAGACGCUGUCGUCAACAUUUCUUUGAUCUUCGCCGUGGACUCAACGGGCAUCAACAACGGUGUGUGGCUUCUGAGAAAUACGGCUUGGUCGCAUGACUUCUUGCAGCGCUGGUGGGAGUCCGACAUACUCGAAGGUCCUGGGAGAGAGCACAACUGCAGCGACCAAUCCACUAUGCUGCAUGCGCUCCUCCAGGAGCGCGCCAUGAACUUAGACGAGAUGUGGGACAAGUACGAGGCCCCUAUCUAUCCAUCCGAAGUGCGCGUGGCGCGUCAAGAGCACCUUCAGUCCUUCCACGAGGCCACUGCGGCGACAGCUCUCUCUCGUGCCUGGCGAGAUGGAGACUUCAUCAAGCACCACCCUGGUUGCCACUUCUACCGACUUCCCUGCCAGCAGCUCUAUCAGGAAGCACAGGAGAUUUUCUACAACAAAGUCGUGUUUCUCCACCAGCAGUGA